AUGCAACGUGGAAGCUUUUUCAAUAAUUUCAACGCUAAAAAAAACUACAGCGUACGUUCGAACAAGGGAAAAUUUACUACUUCUCGAAAAGGGAAAUCGCCAGCUGUGAAAGCGGAUCUAAUCUACAAAGAUGUGUGCCUAUUGCCUUCUCCCGAGUGGACAGAGGUCCCUCGGAGAAAGGCAAAGGCCAAACUUGUGUCCAGUGGUAUGUACGUUGACGCCUGGCAGCUAGAUAAGACCCGGUCGGAGGCAGAAGUUCGAAGCCAGGUUUCUAGUUUAUUCCACUACUAUCUAUUUGUGAAUGGCGAAGAAAUCGAGUAAGUAUUACCUAAAUAAUGCGAUCCAAAUUAUUUGUAAAUGAGCAAGUUAUUUUUUUUCAGCGAAAAGUCAAUUAAACUUAAGUUAAACGCAACUGAAAAGUUUUUGAAAUGUCAUGUAAGCUUGUCAAGAUAUUUGUACAUUAGAAGGACUUAGUGUAUGCUGAAAAUCCCAAAUCAUCAUUAUUAUUCCAACUCUGUCGUGUUUUCUAAAUGCGCAUAAGACUGUCGAUGGUUUCUCCUGGAAUUGUUUUACAGAUCUGUUCAGUUUCCCAUCGCCGCUUGGCAGCCAUUUCCCCUCCUGGGAAGUAUUACAUGCAAUACCUAUAACUUUUUUAUCUGUUCUUUGCACAAGGUAUACAAAGAUUGUAGCAAAAUCAAAUUUCCAGCGGAGGGGUCCAAUCACAAGGAGCUCAAUCCUUAAGCAAACAUAACCUGAAUGUUGAAAUCAAGAAUUCUUAGAUAUGGAAUUAAUGUAUCAAAAUGGCAUAUAUUUUAUUACAUAUUAAACAUUUUCUUUAUUUUAUUGAAUAUAUCAAAUAUUCUAUUAAAUAUUAAUUAUUAUAGAGUUUAUUAUGGGCCUUACAAUAGCCUGAGUACAGGGCCUAAUACUCAGGCUAUUUUUACAAAAAAUCUCCCCUUUGUAGAUACAUAUAUAUAUAUAUAGUAUUCUUAUUCAAUCCCCUGAAGAGUAAAUUGAUUCCCUUGUUGGGAAAAGUGUAGUUUCUGGUAUUUUUACAAUAAUAUUUGUACAUUCAGCUAAUUGCUUUGGCUCCUUGUGGUCAAAUGUGAGCAUGCUCUAACUUAAUUGUGAUAGUUAUUAUUUAAAGAUAACAAAUGCAUUUUCCUCUACACCAUCAGCUUUGAAUUUGUAAGAGCAAUAGGAACAGAACUGCUACCAAUUACCUUGCAACCCAAUCAAGAGCUGGGAGGAAAAGUAUUAAGACAUGUAACGGGAAAUGGCCCAAUUUAUGUAAGGGCACUUGCCGACAUACAUAUUCCUCAAGAAGUAAGUUUCAUUUUUUUCCCCUUUAUUAAAGAUUAUUUAAGAAAAGAUCAUAGGUUUAGUAUUAUGCAAGGUAAAAUUUUAGUAAUGGGUAUGCAUACUAACAUUUCAACUUUGUUUCAGUUUCAACUUUGUCAUUGAGCCUCAUAUAACUUUUUUUUGAUUUUUUGAAAAAUUGUAUGCUUUUUAAAUUUCUAUCAAUUUGUUUCUAUUUUCUUGCAAGGAAGUUUAAUAAUGAAAACUGCAGAGCAUUGUAGAUUGCUACAAUGCAAUGGAAUUUUGGCAGUUUAAAAAAAUUAGGCUGUCAGUGGCAAUGAGAAGUAGGCUGCGAGUGGCAAUGAGAAGAUUGUGAGGAAUGGUGUAAAAUGCUUUAGACAGGUCCAUUGAUACUACGGAGUAGAGAUGAUUCGCAGCUGUAUUUCUUGCUGUAUGCUCAGAUGAAGUCAGAUGAAAGGAUUUGAUAGAAAUUCUCUAGUUCAUCUGCAAGUAAUUCUAGCAACAAUUUUUUCAAUCCUUUGGACUUUACCAGUUGAAUUGUAAAUUCUUUUUGUGCAAAGACUGUACGUUCUAAGUACCUUUUUCUUUGCAGGAACAUGAAGAAGAUGAAAAUGAUGAAGCACAUUUGGAUCCAUAUAAUGAGAAUAAUCUAGCAGAUCAUGAAGGUUCUUUACAGACCCAAGUAAGUAUUAUUAUUAAGUACACCCUUAAUAUUUAGUUUGCCCAUCAGUUUAAUGCAAGUAACAAAAGUCUCAAAAAAAAAAAAAAAAAAAAAAAAAACAAGAUAGAAGGGUAAUUAUGUAUUACUGACUUUGUUGAGGACCAAAGUUGUUAAAAAAAAUACAACUGUAUGCAAAACAUGUAUAUUAGUUUUGGUUACACUUUUUCCCACACAGUUCCAAUGUAAUAAAUAUGUAAAUAAAAUGUGCAUUCUCAUUGUCUGUUAAUUUUCUUUUAGCCAAAAAGUGCAAAGAUUGCAAAGGUUGACAUCACCGAACCUGACCAUGACCUUUCUGGGCCAUCAUCAUCAUCAUCCAUCGCACAACAUGACCGUGACAUUCCAGCUCCAUCAUCAUCCAUUGGCCAAUCUGACCAUGAUGUUCCUGGACAAAAUUCCUACCCAUGUGAUGAUUCGCAAACCAUGAGGCGCCAUUUAUCAGUCAUGUUUCCUGAUCUAAAAGAAGAUGUAAUUGCUAGGGUUGUUUCAUCCACACUGACAACAGAGGAAGCAGUAGACAUGGUGUUGAAGAUUCAAGCAUGCGUGAGAAUGAGUGAAUCAGAUGAAGGUGAGAAAAAAGCUGUCCACCGUUUCCAAGGAUAAAGUGCAGUCACACAAUCAGUUGCCACAAAUUUAAACAGCACGGUUGAGUGCUGUUUUUUUGACACUCAUUUACUUACAUUAAUAUUCAUAACUAUAAACAGUAUAGUAUAUUGUUACAUAAUAGUAUCAAGUUUAUUUAUCCAGGCAUUGUGCCCUUAGUUAUUGGGAGACUUUCUCUCACACUCAUUACUCCUACAUUUACUGUUUUUCACACAUGUUUGAGGGAGGAAAACUGGAAAGUACAUAGAGAAAAACCCUUGUGGCAAAGGAGAGAACAAUACUUCAAACAAACUCAGUUCAUAUAAAUCACCUUCGCUGAUCUGGAAAUCAAAUUGGGGUCAUGCUGAUUCCACUGAACAAAGGUUGUAAUUUUCAAAAUGUCUUGAAACUUGUCAAAAAGUUCAAAGACAAAAGAUAAAUAAUUUACAUGUUUAGUUUAAUUAUAUACAUUAAUAAUUGACUUAAUUGAUAUUAUUACUUUUGUAGAAGCUGAGGAAUUGUUGAAUGAGGAGUGCUUGAAAUCAACUUCCAUUCAUGAGAAAAUGGAAAAACUUGCUAAAAAAAAUGCACGGGUCACGCUUUAA